GGGCCCAGUGGAGGAGAGACCAUGGCGUGGAGACAGCUGAAAAAGCGGGUCCAGGAUGCACUAGUCAUCCUGGGGAGUGGAGGACUUCUCUUUGCCUCCUACCUGACGGCCACCGGGGAUGAGCGUUUCUACGCUGAACACUUGAUGCCGACUCUGCAGGGGCUGCUGGACCCUGAGUCAGCCCACAGGCUGGCUGUUCGUGUCACCUCCCUGGGGCUCCUUCCUCGUGCCACAUUUCAGGACUCUGACAUGCUGGAAGUGAGAGUCCUGGGCCGAAAGUUCCGAAAUCCAGUAGGAAUUGCUGCAGGAUUUGACAAGCAUGGGGAGGCUGUGGAUGGACUUUACAAGAUGGGCUUUGGUUUUGUUGAGAUAGGCAGUGUUACCCCAAAACCUCAGGAAGGAAACCCCAGGCCCAGAGUCUUCCGCCUGCCCGAGGACCAAGCUGUCAUUAACAGAUACGGAUUUAACAGUCACGGGCUGUCGGUGGUGGAACACAGGUUACGGGCCAGACAGCAGAUGCAGGCCAGGCUCACAGAAGGUGGGCUGCCACUGGGAAUAAACCUGGGGAAGAAUAAGACCUCGGUGGACGCUGCCUCGGACUACGCUGAGGGAGUUCGAGUCCUGGGCCCCUUGGCUGACUACCUUGUAGUGAACGUGUCCAGUCCCAACACCCCAGGGCUGCGGAGCCUUCAGGGAAAGGCUGAGCUGCGCCACCUGCUGACCAAGGUGCUGCAGGAGAGGGAUGCCCUGAAGGGACCGCAAAAGCCGGCCCUGCUGGUGAAGAUCGCACCUGACCUCACAGCGCAGGACAAGGAGGAUAUUGCCAGUGUGGUGAGGGAGUUGGGCAUUGAUGGACUGAUUGUCACGAACACCACAGUGAGUCGCCCCACCGGCCUCCAGGGUGCCCUGCGCUCUGAAACAGGAGGGCUGAGUGGGAAGCCCCUCCGGGACUUAUCGACGCAAACCAUCCGGGAGAUGUAUGCACUCACCCAAGGCAGAGUUCCCAUCAUCGGGGUUGGCGGUGUCAGCAGCGGGCAGGACGCACUGGAGAAGAUCCGGGCUGGGGCCUGCCUGGUGCAGCUGUACACGGCCCUCACCUACUGGGGGCCACCCGUGGUGGGCAGAGUGAAGCGGGAGCUGGAGACCCUUUUGAAGGAGCAAGGUUUCACCAGAGUCACGGAUGCCAUUGGUGCAGAUCAUCGGAGGUGAGGACGUUGUCAGUGGGAAGCCUCAUCUGGAACCUUCCCACCGAAUCAGGCGAGCCUUUGUGGCUGGAUCAAGAGAGGGAGGACUCUGGCUCGAGCCACAUCCUACAAAUGAUAAGAGCCCUUUCUCUGAGGCCAGCCCCGACUGGAAAAGUUACUUGUGAGGGUCACCAGAAUGAACACAAGUCUUUCUUCAAGGACUUUUCAGACCAUGAACUGUAUUUGGGAUUUUUUUCAGACGUAAAUCCCAGGAUUCUUUGACAUUGCAAGGACAUUAGUUAUUUGAGGGGGGUGGGGAAUCAUGGAAACAAAAUAAAGCCAUUUAAAAUCCAGAUAAACCUCAGCCCUUUCUGGAAGGUCCACUGGCUUCAGACACCAUAGGUCCUUCCAGGCCGCUGCUACCUGGGUUCUGCAGCGGGCUUCUCAGGAGCUUGAAUCUCUUACAUUCUAUCUCUAUUUUUAUUUAUUUUAAGUUUUAACUAUUUUGAAAACAUUUCAAACAUAGGCAGAGUUGUAAUCAGAGGGCUUGGGCAUGACUGUCCUCUCCCUGUGUCCUCACAUCAUCUUCCCUCUCUGUGCCUACGUCCUGAUCUCCGCCUGUAAGCACACCGGUCAUUUAGGUUAGGGCCCACCCCCG